CAUCCCUCUCUAUCCCACUCAAGACAUCUAUUCUAUCCCCAGAAUAUCAAAAUCCAUCUCAUCAUGUCCUUCCUCCGGCUCUCAACACGGGCUCUGCCCACCCAACUCCUUCGACCCCAACACAUCGGACUCCGUACCGUCGCGACAGCAAGCAAGAAGGAAUGGCUGUGCAUUCUACCCGACAAUCCUGAUGCCUUGGAGUUGAGAAAGCAGGUUCGACCAACUCAUAUGGCCGGAGUUGGCCCUCUGGUCCAGGCGGGAAAGCUGGUCGCUGGUGGCGCAAUGCUGAGCUCGCAUCCUGAAGAAGGCGAGGAUUUGUCUUUCAAGGGAAGUAUGCUCAUUUAUACGGCUGAAACGGUCGAGGAAGUCCGCCAGCUUGUUGAGGCUGAUAUCUAUGCCAAGAGUGGCGUUUGGGAUAUGGAGAAGGCUCUGGUUGUUCCGUAAUUGUCGGCUGUGCGAGAACCGUUGAAGAAGGAUUAAGUGUAGGAAGGAGAGGUGGUGGGUCUUCUUGAAGGCAAAGAGUGGCUAUUUGGCCUCGAGGUGGCAGAAAUAGGGAUAGUAUCGAUUGUAUCUGAUACUCUUGCGGAUCCAUAUGUCAAUCGUGACUGUGAUACCACCCAUUUUUCCCUGAUGUCUGGUUCGCCGAUUGAAAGCUUUACGAAUCUAG